AUGAAGGACUACUCAGAUGUCAUCCUCUGCGUGGAGGCAACAGAAUCGAGCAAGACCGAGUUCUGCAAUCCUGCCUUCGAGCCUGAGCCAUCCUGCCCUCCCCCAGCUUUUCCAGAAGAUGCCAGCUAUAGCGUCCCAGCUCCCUGGCACGGUCGGCGUCCUCGAGGGCUGCGGCCAGACUGCCGUUUCUCCUGGCUCUGCGUCCUCCUGCUCGCCAGCCUGCUGCUCCUGCUGCUCGGGCUGCUGGUGGCCAUCAUCCUGGCCCAGCUGCAGGCUGCACCCCCACCUGGGGCCUCCCAUAGCCCACUGCCUGCCGGAGGCCUUACCACCACCACCCCCACCCCCACCAUCACCACCUCUCAGGCAGCUGGGAUCACUAAUGGGCAGCAGGAGUCAGGUGUGAGCCCCUCCCCACAGGCCACCUGUGGAGGCCUCCUCUCUGGCCCAAGGGGCUUCUUCAGCAGUCCCAACUACCCAGACCCUUACCCCCCCAACGCCCACUGCAUGUGGCGUAUCCAGGUGGCCACAGACCAUGCAAUACAGCUCAAAAUCGAAGCCCUCAGCAUCGAGAGCGUGGCCUCUUGCCUUUUUGAUCGCUUGGAAAUCUCCCCUGAGCCUGAAGGCUCCCUCCUCAGGAUUUGUGGGAGGGUGCCUCCCCCCACGCUCAACACCAAUGCCAGCCACCUCCUGGUGGUCUUCGUCUCUGACAGCAGUGUGGAAGGAUUUGGUUUCCAUGCCUGGUACCAGGCUGUGGCCCCUGGGCAUGGGAGCUGUGCCCAUGAUGAGUUCCACUGUGACCAGUUCAUCUGUCUGCUACCUGACUCAGUGUGUGAUGGCUUUGCCAACUGCGCUGACGGCAGCGAUGAGACCAACUGCAGUGCCAAGUUUUCGGGGUGUGGGGGGAAUCUGACUGGGCUCCAGGGCACUUUCUCUACUCCCAACUACCUGCAGCAGUACCCUCACCAACAGCUCUGCACCUGGCAUAUCUCGGUGCCGGCUGGACACAGCAUAGAACUGCAGUUCCACAACUUCAGCCUGGAGGCUCAGGAUGAGUGCAAGUUUGACUACGUGGAGGUGUAUGAGACCAGCAGCUCAGGGGCCUUCAGCCUCCUGGGCAGGUUCUGUGGAGCAGAGCCACCCCCCCACCUCGUCUCCUCGCACCACGAGCUGGCUGUGCUUUUUAGGACAGAUCAUGGCAUCAGCAGUGGAGGCUUCUCAGCCACCUACCUGGCCUUCAAUGCCACAGAGAACCCCUGUGGGCCCAGUGAGCUCUCCUGCCAGGCAGGAGGGUGUAAGGGUGUGCAGUGGAUGUGUGACAUGUGGAGAGACUGCACCGAUGGCAGCGAUGACAACUGCAGCCGCCCCUUGUUCCCACCCCCAGAGCUGGCCUGUGAGCCUGUCCAGGUGGAGAUGUGCCUCGGUCUGAGCUACAACACCACGGCCUUCCCUAACAUCUGGGUGGGCAUGGCCACCCAGGAGGAGGUGGUAGAAGUCCUCAGCGGUUACAAGAGCCUGACAAGCCUGCCCUGCUACCAGAAUUUCCGGAGGCUCCUGUGUGGGCUGCUUGUGCCCCGUUGCACCCCACUAGGCAGUGUUCUGCCCCCUUGCCGCUCUGUCUGCCAGGAAGCAGAGCACCAGUGCCAGUCUGGCCUGGCACUACUGGGCACCCCCUGGCCCUUCAACUGCAACAGACUGCCAGAGGCAGCUGGUCUGGAAGCUUGUGCCCAGCCCUGA